CGCCGCCGGUGAGCGUGGCGGCUCCGGCAUCCGAGGGCGCGGGAGUCGCGCGGGGCUCUUGGGGCGGAGCGUGCGACACCCUCGUGGUCCGACCUCUCUCGGCCCUGCGUGUUUGAGGCUCCCUCAUACUUGGCGGGUGCGGGUUCGUUCACCUAGGACCAGCGGCUUCUUCAAGCCGGGCUGAAGCAAGCGUGGGUGGGCAGACGCGGGCCGGGCGGGGGUCGCGGCCGCCGCUCCCGACCCUCACCUGAAGUAAAGCUGCCAUUCAGGAGACUCAGCCAUGGAAAGCAAACCAUUAGUGACAUCGAAACAGAAAACUGAAGUGGUGUGUGGGGUCCCCACCCAGGUGGUCUGCACAGCCUUCAGCAGUCACAUUCUGGUGGUGGUGACCCAGUUCGGGAAGAUGGGUACCUUGGUCUCCCUGGAGCCCAGCAACGUGGCCAGCGACAUCAGCAAACCUGUGCUCACCACGAAAGUCCUUCUGGGGCAGGAUGAGCCUCUCAUCCACGUCAUUGCAAAGAACCUGGUAGCAUUUGUGUCUCAAGAAGCCGGAAACAGAGCAGUCCUCCUAGCCAUGGCAGUGAAAGACAGAAGCAUGGAGGGGGUGAAGGCCUUGAAGGAGGUGAUCCGGGUGUGCCAGGUGUGGUGAUCUGAAGUUGACUGCCACAUGCUGUUUAUAGAACCAGGUGGAAAUCCAGACAGCCUCUCAGGGACUCGAAGACCCUUCUUUCCGUCACAGUCAGAAGGAGGAAUUUUCUCUGGCUUUUUAACCCUGGAACCCAGAAAAAAAUAUUCAUGUCUCAGGCAGACUGUUACUCUGGUUACUGAUACCAUCCAUGGGUAGAGGGAAAAAGUGGACUGUGUCUUGGAGGAGUCGUGAGUGGUUCUCACUGGGGUCAAGAGUUGCAUAUAUUUGAGAAUUGAAAGAAUGAACCAGCAGGCAUGAUUCAUGGCCCUUCAUGUACAGUAUCAACUGUAGGAGGAAAUUUUUUUUAUUAAAAAUAAGUGUGUAUCUCAAAA